AUGUGGGAUCAAAGGGUAGUGGAGAAAAAGGAGGAGUUUAUUGGGGCAUUUUCGAUAGCAUGCUCGUUUAAGAGCGUCUCGGAUGGAUUUUUGUGGGCAUUUGCAGGGGUUUAUGGUCCAAAUUCAGACAUUGAUCGGCAGUCUUUUGGAGACAUUGGGGAACAAAAGAAAACCAAGACAAGGGAGAUCACUGAAAUGGAAAGGAUACAAGAGUCCAGAAGAUCUAAUAAUAUUGAGAUGUUGAAGAUAGAUGGGGCAGAUUGUAAGGAUGAGCAGAGAAUUAAUGAUCAUGUAGUUGGGUUCUUUGAACAACUACUUACUGAGCAUGAGGGUUGGCGAUCGAAGCUUGAUGGAUUAGCUUUCGACUCUAUUGGGCCUAGGGAUGGUAUUCACUUGGAGAGGCCGUUUGAGGAGGGUGAGGUUUUUGAAGUGGUGAGGAAGAUGGCCAAAGACAAGGCUCCGGGUCUUGACGGGUUUUCUACGGGUUUUUUUCAAACUUGCUGGGAAAUACUAAAAGAUGAUCUCAUGUUGGUGUUCCAGGAGUUUCAUGAAGCUGGACAUUUCGAGAAAAGCCUAAAUGGCACAUUUCUUGUACUUGCAAAACGCCUUAGUGAGGUAGUGGGAAAGAUAAUCUCAAAGCCUCAAAAUGCCUUUGUGAAGGAUAGACAGAUCCUAAAUGCUGUCCUUAUCGCAAGUUUGGACAGCAGACUGAAAGCUGGUAGUACUGGGGUCUUAUGCAAACUAGAUAUGGAAAAAGCGUAUGACUAUAAUGAUCUCAGCCUUGGUUGCAAAUGGGUGUCUGAAUGGGUAUUCAAUAGGAUCCCCGGGGGAGGAUCAAUUAAUAUUUCACAUUUAUUGUUUGCAGACGAUACUCUUAUCUUUUGCGAGGCAGACAACAAUCAGAUUCGUGUUUUAAAGGCCCUUCUCCUUUGUUUUGAAGCAGUUUCAGGGUUGAAAGUGAACUUGGAUAAAUCAAAGAUGGUGCCUAUUGGAGGUGUUCAACGGCUAAGACAGUUGGCUAAUACUCUGGGGUGUAAGACUGCUUCACUCCCUAUGACAUACCUUGGUCUUCCAUUGGGGUCCGUCUCACGAGUGACUCCUAUAUGGGAUAUAGUGAUUGAAAAAGUAGAGCGUCGAUUAGCAGGAUAG